AUGGCUGGCGAAGGUGAGCUGAAGCUGUUGAGUACGUGGGCGAGCCCCUGGGCUUCUAGGGUGAAACUCGCGCUCCACCUCAAGGGCUUGAGCUACGAGAACAUCGAGCAGGACCUCAACAGCAAGAGUGACCUCCUCCUCGCGUUCAACCCAGUGCACAAGAAGGUGCCCGUGCUCAUCCACAACGGCAAGCCAAUCUGUGAGUCGGUCGUCAUAAUUGAGUACAUCGACGAGGCCUAUGGCAGCACCGGCCCCUCCCUCCUACCCACUGACCCCUACGAGCGUGCCAUUGCUCGGUUUUGGGUAGACUACAUUGACCACAAGCUAGUCAUCCCGUGGAAAGUGGCGUUCACAGCCAACACUGAGGAGGAUAAGACUGAAGCGAUAAAGCAAAUAUUAGUGGGGGUGAAUGUGCUAGAGGGGGCUCUCAAGGAAUGCUCCAACGGGAAGCCCUUCUUUGGAGGUGAUAACGUUGGAUACGUGGAUAUAGCACUAGGCGGCCUGUUGGCGUUUCUGCAAGGAACUGAAGAACUAUGUGGUACCAAGCUCUUUGGCACCGCGAAUACCCCACUUCUGCUUGCUUGGGUGGAGCGCUUCACUACGCUGGACGCUGCCAAGGCGGCUCUUCCGGACGCCAAUAAAUUGGUUGUGUUUGCAAGGACAAGGCGGGCCCGGAUUGCUGCUACUAUAAAUGUAUCUGUCAAGAACUGA